AUGAUUCUUUUAAGUAGUAAUAAUUUUUUUUUUUAUUUUCAAUCGACAAUUAUUUUACCAGUUGUUUUUGGUCAUGGAAUGUUAAUGGAUCCUGUUAAUCGUGGUAGUGCAUGGAGAUUAGGAUUUGAUACUCCAGUAAAUUACAACGAUAAUGAAAAUUAUUGUGGUGGAUUUAAUGUUCAGUAUAAUCAAAAUAAAGGGCAAUGCGGUUUAUGUGGCGAUGAUUAUAGAUUAAAAACACCUCGGCCAAAUGAAAAUGGAGGAAUUUAUGGAACAAAAACGAUUGUUAAAACGUAUAGAGAAGGUCAAGAGAUUACUGUAAAUGUUACUUUAACGUCGAAUCAUCGGGGGUAUUUUGAAUUUUCUCUGUGUCCAUUAUUGUAUCAAACAAAUACGAAUAUCAACAACAAUUCAUUAUCAUCAUCAAUAAUAGAAUUAGAAGAAACGGAAGAGUGCUUUAAACAAAAUCCCAUACUAACUGUUGAUGGAAAAAAUAAAUAUAUUUUAUCAAGUUAUGAAAACGGCAACUAUCAAGUUAAACUUGUUCUUCCUAAAGGUAUUAUUUGUGAUCAAUGUUCUUUACGAUGGCAGUGGAGGGUCGCUAACAAUUGGGGUAUUUGUCACGAUGGAACUGGUGCUAUUGGAUGCGGACCCCAAGAAACUUUUAGAACCUGUUCCGAUAUUCGAAUUAUUUAA